GAAUCGGUGUGUUUUGGUGGUUAAUGGACUCGCAGCAAGUCGGUGGUCAUUUCCAGGAACUUGACUGUCUGGUUAUUUGGACUUUGGCAGAUGCUCUUUAUGUAAAGUGCUCAUUUACUAAAUGGAAAAUAAUCUUGUUGUUUCAACUUAAAAAAUCAUCAUUGUGGUGAACACACAGGGGAAGUCGGAGAUGCCGUGGUCUUAUGAAGAUGACGAUGAUGUGAAUGUGAAGGCAGUAAAGGAGAAUCAGACACCGAUGGACUGCAGCUGUGACUGUCAGGCUGCUCGACCCACCGGAACACCAGCGACCUGGACCACCAUCAGCCCCACAGCAUCCACACACAGCAGAUCCCUCGAAUGCAUGCCGGAGUGUCCAUACCACAAACCACUGGGGUUUGAGUCCGGAGAGGUGCUGUCAGAACAGUUCAGCUGUUCUAACCAGGAGCAGUAUGUGGGCUGGUUCUCCUCCUGGACCCCGAGUAAAGCUCGACUAAACAGCCAGGGAUUCGGCUGCGCAUGGCUGUCCAAAUCUCAGGAUGCAAGCCAGUGGCUUCAGAUCGACCUGCUGGAGGUUCGAGUGGUGUCGGGUAUAAUGACUCAGGGCCGCUGUGAUGCUGAUGAAUGGACCACCAAAUACAGCCUGCAGUACCGAACCCAUGACAACCUCAACUGGAUCUAUUACAAAGACCAGACCGGAAACAACAGGGUGUUCUAUGGAAACACGGACCGCUCCUCCACAGUGCAGAACCUCCUGCCCAUUGUGGCACGGUACAUCCGAGUCCUGCCUUUGGGUUGGCACACCCGCAUCGCCAUACGACUGGAACUGCUCAUAUGUAUGAACAAAUGCGUGUCCAUCUAUUAGAGAGACAAAUUAUUUAUCUCUUACUAUUGAGACUAAUAAUUACAGUAUACUACCUUAUAACCAUAUCUUCUUUAUGAACAAAAUCAAACAAAUUACCAAUAUUUGAGCUAAAACAAAGAAUGCUUUGAGUCUUUAUUGACCUUAUUCACAGCAGCACCCUCUUUGAUUUUUCAUGGGAACAACGAUGAUGUGAGGGAUAUAUCUCGUCAAUGGGCUGCACUGCAGUUUAAAGUGUUUUUGGAUCCUUCCACGAUUUCCAAAAUGUUUAGUAGACAAAAAACUCCAGACAACAUGAAUUGUGGAAAACCAGAUUGGAUCUAGGAGCUUUAGAUUUAUACAGAUUUAUACUGUGCGUGCCAUUGAAGAGUCUAUCCCUCACAGCCUCGUUGUCAUUCCCAUUAACAAAAUCAAAGAUGGCGCUACUGAGGUAGAGACGUAAACUUGGAUUUAAUAAAUGAAAUAUUUCAUAGAUGUUAUCAUUUACUUACUACUAAAAUCCACAAAAAUGAAAAAUGAGAACUGAAUUGAUGCCACAUAUGUUUUAUGAAGCAGCAAUAUUUAUCACAGGUGUAAACAUGAAACAUUUGGACAAUUUGAUAACUCACUUUUGAUUGUGUUCAACUUUAUUCAAGGGUUAAAACAUCUUAUGGUUCCUUAAAUAACAAUUUAGCAUCUGGUAACAUCAAAUCUUCUCAGUUUGAAGAACAGGGGAGACCGGGGCUAGUAUAUUUUUUUUAGGGUAAAUUCAUUUUUGAAAGUCAAUUUCUGCAUAGGCACAAAGAAAGUCUUGAUUACAAAAAGAUAUGGAACAUUUCCACUAUUAUUGCCCAGGGGAAAAAAGAUAGGGGCCUACAGUUUAUUAAACACACGUUGUUGACAUUAAUAAUGAAAA